AUGGGCAGGAAUAGCACCAAUUUGGUGGCUCUCUUCUUCAUUGUUAUAAUAUUUCUUUCUUCCUUUUGGGUCUCAAGUGCAUCUUGCAUCAAACAGGAGAGGGAAUCUUUACUUAGGCUUAAAGCAAGUUUCGUUGAUUCUUCAAAUCGGUUGGUAUCUUGGAAAGGAAAUGAUUGUUGCAGUUGGGAAGGAGUGGGGUGUGAUCAUACCAAUGGCGGCCAUGUCAUCAAGCUUGAUCUUCGAAAUUAUGAGUAUUCCUAUUCCACAUCCUUACUUAGUAAUGGUGUGGAUUCUAGUUUGUUUGAGUUGAAAUAUUUGAAUUACUUGGAUUUAAGUGGUAAUUCUUUUAACUACACUCAAACUCCCCUCUAUUUAACUGAGCUACUCGAAUUAACGUAUCUUAAUCUUUCUCUCACUUAUUUUCAUGGAGAAAUUUCACGUUCUCUUGGAAAUCUAACUAAACUUGUUGUUCUUGAUUUCAAUAUUUUUAAGAGUUUAGAUGGGCCGGGUUAUUUUCAUUGGACAGAGCUGUUUAUUGAUGGCCUUGAAUGGGUUUCUAGUCUUUCGUCUUUGGAAUACCUUGAUUUAAGUGGUAUUAGAGUAGUUCAAAGUAAUUUAGUUGUAGAUGUGAUGCAAGUGUUGAAUAUUCUUCCUUCUUUAUCGUCAUUAAAAUUGAGUAAUUGCGGUCUUCAAAACACCCUUCAUAUUUAUGCUCCACAAAAUGCUUCAUUUCUCUCCAAACUUCAACAUCUAGAUUUGUCUUAUAAUAUGUUUGAUGGUCCAAUUCCUAGUUUUCUUCGGAACAUGACUUCCUUGAGAUUCUUAAGCCUUCAUAGUAAUAGAUAUAAUUCUUCAAUCCCAUCUUGGUUAAGUAAUCUUGUAAAUUUUGAUACUUUGGAUCUUGGAUUCAACAUGUUUAGUAGCAUUGAAGGUGGUUUGUCCUCAAUUGUUAGAAACAAUUGCCACUUGAAAACUCUUCAUUUAUCAUUUAACCAUUUUCUUGGUGAAGAUAUUUUUGGAAGCUAUGAAAAUCUAUCUACAAAUUGCAAACAAUAUGGUCUAGAAGAGCUUUACCUAAACAUGAUGAUAAAGUUUGGGACACAUACAAUUCCAAAUUGGUUGGGAGAAUUACAAAACUUGAAGUUUCUUUAUCUACAAAAUAAUUCACUUCGUGGUUCAAUUCCUUCUUCAUUUGGAAAUUUGUCCAGUCUUGAGAAGUUGGAUAUUUCUUAUAAUAUGCUUAAUGGAGGAUUUCCAAUCUCAUUUGGAAAAUUAUCAAACUUAAUGUUAUUGAAUCUUAGGGAGAACAAUUUGGAUGGGGUCUUUCUGGAAAGUUUUGGACAACUUCAAAAUCUUAUUCUUCUCGAUCUUUCUCAUAAUGAUUUCAAAGGUGCUCUUUCAGAAAUCCACUUUGCUAAUAUUUCUCGAUUGGAAUAUUUAUUUAUGGAUGAAAAUGAGCUUCUAUCUUUUGAAAUGAAAAGUAGUUGGGUUCCUGCUUUUCAAUUGAAGAUAUUUUCUAUAGGCUCGACUUUGGGCUUUGGAACAACAAAAUUCCCUCGGUGGAUUGGAACACAAAAAGAAAUGUCAUAUUUAAAUUUGUUCAAUUGUAAUAUUGUGGGACCCAUACCAACAUGGUUCAAAUUUCAAAAUUUAAUAUUUCUAGAUCUUUCCUACAAUCAAAUCACUCGAUCACUUCCAAAGAGUAUUGAUGACCAAAUGCCUAAUUUGACUGGACUACUGAUUUCCAAUGCUCACAUCAAUGGUUCCUUGCCACAGUCUCUUUGUAGAUUGAAAAAUUUAGAGCUUCUGAUAGUUUCAAACAAUAGAUUAUCUAAUACAAUUCCUAGUUGUUUGUCAAUUCUAAACUUGAAUCUCUUAGAUCUAUCAUCGAACAACCUCUUAGGAGUAUUUCCAAGUUCAUUUCAAAAUCUUUCAAAUCUUGAAGUGAUGAACUUGGCAAGAAAUCAACUUCAAGGAGAGCCACUCAUGGCCAUGAGAAGCUUCAAUUUUUUGUCUAUUUUAGAUCUUGAAGGAAACAAAUUUUGUGGCAAUAUUCCUGAAUGGAUGGGAAAAAACCUUCAGAAUUUGCAACUUUUGAAUCUUCGAGGCAAUAUGUUCAAUGAUACGAUUCCUUCAACUUUGUGGUUACUUCCUCGCUUGCAAAUUUUGAUUCUUGCUGACAACAAAUUAGUGGGAAACAUCCCACCAAAUGUUGGCAAUUUUAGUGCAAGUCGAAGACCCAUAGCAAAUAAUGAUGGAUUGUUGUGCAACUCUACCGAAGAUCCCUAUGCAUUUUGCUACAUGAGCUACAUUACACAAGUCAUGAAAUCAAGCAAGUUCAACUACUCGUAUUCACAACUCUAUUUAAUAGUAAAUAUAGACCUCUCCAAUAACAACUUGCAUGGACAUAUUCCAAGUGAAAUAGUGGCAAUAAAUGGUUUGUUUGCCUUAAAUUUGUCUCAUAAUAAUCUAUCGGGAAUCAUUCCUGUGGAGAUUGGAAGUUCAAUAGCAUUGGAAUCUCUUGACCUCUCUUUCAAUCAGCUCUCUGGAUCAAUUCCAAACAGCAUGGCAAGCUUAAACUCACUAGGCACGUUGAAAUUGUCCAACAACAAUUUUUCAGGAUGCAUUCCUCGAGAAGGCCAUCUUUCAACCUUCAAUGAUGUGUCCAGUUAUGAAAAUAAUCCAAAUCUUUGUGGAGCUCCACUUGCUGUUAUAUGUCCGAAUGAAAAUCCAAAAGAAUCUUCCGUUGAAAUCGACAAUGUUUAUGAUAAUGAUAGUCACGAAGAGCAUAAGUUGGAGAAAAUGUGGUUUUGGAUUAUUGUGGUGCUAGGAUAUGCUUUGGGAUUUUGGGCAGUUGUUGGAACUUUAAUACUGAAGAGAAGUUGGAGAUAUGCUUACUUCCAGUUUAUGGAUGAAACGAAAGACAAGAUCUGUGUUGCAAUAUUGGUGAAUAUGACGACGUUGAAACAACAAAUGGGAGGAAACGUGCAUCGAUGUGUUUUGUAA